AUGGAAACCUUAGAGCUUACAAACAACAAAGCUCAAGAAAAUUUGCUGGACGAAAUCAAAGAGCUACAACUCUCCCUUCCAAACGAAACAUGGUUUGUUUGGCCAAUGUACCUCUAUCAAGGUUUAUGGUGCCUAAGUUAUAUUUUGGAGGGUAUAAUCUCAUUCAAAACCCACUUUCAAGCUCAUGAUACUGAUAUCAUUUUAGCCAGUCUACCCAAAACCGGUACAACGUGGCUAAAAUCCCUUAUUUUUGCCAUUGUAAAUCGUACAAAAUUUUCUGAUGAUUUCACUCAACACCCACUCCGCACCAAAAAUCCUCAUGCACUCAUCGAACACCUAGAGAUAAAUGUUUACAAAGAAGUCAAUGGAAAUAAACCAGACUUAUCUGAAAUACCCUCACCUCGACUCUUUGCUACCCACGUGUCGUAUUUAUCACUACCAGAUUCUAUCAAGAAUUCAAAAUGUCGAAUUGUUUAUGUUUGUCGAAAUCCUUUUGACACCUUCGUUUCAAUAUGGCAUUUUUUCCUAGAGUUUGAGCCGUGUAAGGGCAUUAAACCCGAUCUAGUUAUGAUGGAGAAAUAUGUAGAUAAGUUUUGCUCGGGUGUCUCUCCAUGGGGGCCUUAUGAAGAUCACGUAUUAGGGUACUGGAAAGAGAGCAAGAAAAACCAACAAAAGGUGAUAUUCUUGGAAUAUGAAGGGCUAAAGAAAGAGCCAGAAGCUCAUUUGAAAAGAUUGGCUGAGUUUUUGGGUUACCCUUUCUCUGAGGUAGAAGAGAAAAACAAUGUAAUAAACAAAAUAGUUGAGUUAUGUAGUCUUAAAAGUUUGAAGGAAAUGGAGGUAAAUAAGAUUGGAAGGCUAAGUACUAAAUUUGAGAACAAGAUUUUAUUAAGAAAGGGGGAGGUUGGAGAUUGGAACAAAUACUUGACUCCUACAUUGGCUAAGCGUAUUGAGGAAAUGCAAGAAAAACUCAAGAAGGCUGGUUUUUCAUCUUCAUACUAUCAAACUAACUUGAUUACAUCUUAAUUUCCUACGAUAUGUAGUGGUUGAUGCUAUGUUAAUGUGUUUUUUUUUUUUCUUAAUACUUCGUAAUUUCUAGUGAGGUUGUACAUGCAACCAAUAAUUUCUUCAGUUAUACGAAGUAUUUAUUUACUGUAACUUGGGUCUUUAAGGGGGCUUCCAAGUUGUAAUAUUUAAUUAUUGGUUGGAGCACACAGUUUUACAUGCACCAUGGUUAAAAUUUGCGGUCUACUUUAGUCCAUUGAUUAUUUCUUUACGGAAAUUGGGCCUUGGUUUUCUUUUCUAUUUUGGAGUAAGGAAGGGACAAGGCACAAGGGAGUGUAGGUUUUUCUAUAUAGAGUUUUGAUUUAUGUUCAAGGUGUUUGUUGAAAAUUGUAAAAUACGUUUUGACUUGUUUAUUAGAGUUUUUGAUUCAAGUAAUUGAUUUCGGAUUUAAGUUAGGUUUCAUGUUAAUUUGAGAUUAAGAGUGUUAUUUCCUCCUAUGAACACCUACUCCCUCAUUUGUUUUUAGUUUUUAUAUGUAACAGUAUAG